CGCCUGGACACACGGAACGUCAGAGUCAAGUUGCUCCUGGAGAGGUGCAGACAGUCCAUUUCAGUUGUGUGGAGGAUCCCACAGUCACAUAAAUGCAGUAUCUAAACGUAAAAGAAGAUUGCAAAGCCAUGGCUUUCUGUGCAAAGAUGAGGAGCACAAAGAAGAGUGAAGUAAACCUGGAAGUUCAGCAUCAGGGCUUAGAAAUCCUCUUCUACCUGCAAGAUAAAGACCCCAUUUGUUACACCAGCGGGGAGUUCACCUCGGAGGAGCUGUGCAUUGAAGCUGCCCAGAGGUGUUCUGUGUCUCCUCUGUGCCACAACCUCUUUGCACUGUAUGAUGAGAACAAAAGGCUCUGGUAUGCCCCAAACCAGGUCUUUAAAAUCGAUGAGAAAACAUCCUACAGGCUCCACUAUCGCAUGAGAUACUACUUCACCAACUGGCACGGGACCAGUGAGAGCGAGCCCUCGGUGUGGAGACAUUGCCCAAGGAAGGCAAAGGCCUACGAGAAGAAGCUGGCACCAGAAGGAACCCCAAUUCUUGAUGGAUUCUCCCUGGAAUACAUCUUUGCACAGGGUCAGUAUGACUUAGUGAAAGGCCUGGCACCGAUCCGGGACCCCAGAAAUGAACAAGAGGUUCAUGAAAUUGAGAAUGAAUGUCUGGGCAUGGCUGUCCUAGCAAUCUCCCACUAUGCCAUCAACAAAAAAGUGAAGCUUCCAGAGCUUCCCAAGGAUAUCAGUUACAAGCAGUAUAUUCCUGAAAGUCUGAACAAGACCAUCAGACAGAGGAAUUUCUUAACCAGGAUUCGGAUAAAUAAUGUUUUCAAGCAUUUCCUUAAAGAGUUUAACAACAAAACCAUUUGUGACAGCAGCGUGUCCCCACGGGACCUGAAAGUGAAAUAUUUAUCCACAAUGGAGACCUUGACUAAACAUUACGGAGCAGAGAUUUUUGAGACUUCAUUUUUGCUGAUUUCUUCUGAGAAUGAAAUAAAUAGAUUUAAUUGUGGAGACAAUGAGAAGUAUGAAGUCAUGGUAACAGGAAACAAUGGAAUUCAGUGGAGGCUCAAGCCAAGUUCUGUACAGACAGAGAAAGAGAAGAAGAAAAAAUCUGAUGGCAAAACCAAAAAGGAUGAAGAAAAACACAAACUUCGGGAGUCAUGGAACAAUUUUUCCUAUUUUCCUGAAAUCACCCACAUUGUCAUUAAGGAGUCUACAGUCAGCAUCAACAAACAGGACAACAAAAGGAUGGAACUGAAGCUGUCCUCCCACGACGAGGCCCUGUCCUUCACGUCCCUCAUCGACGGCUACUUCAGGCUCACAGCAGACGCCCACCACUACCUGUGCACAGAUGUGGCUCCUCCACUCAUUGAGCACAACAUCAAAAACGGCUGCCAUGGGCCCAUCUGCACGGAAUAUGCCAUCAACAAACUGCGCCAGGAAGGGAAUGAGGUGGGAACGUACGUGUUGAGAUGGAGCUGCACGAACUUCAACCACAUCCUCAUGACAGUGACUUGUUUGGAAGGCUCAGAGGUGAUAAAUAACUCAGGGCAGUACAAGAACUUCCAGAUUGAGGUGAAGAAAGGCGGGUACUUCCUCCACGGCUCAAACAAGUCUUUUGCAUCCUUAAAAGAGCUGAUGGAUCACCUGAAAGGACAAAUCCUUCGGACAGACAACAUCAGCUUUACACUGAAGAGGUGCUGCCAACCCAGACCAAGAGAAAUCUCCAACCUGCUGGUUGCAACCAAGAAGGCACAGGAAUGGCAGCCUGCUUAUUCCAUGGGGCAGCUGAGUUUCCAUUGGAUCCGCAAGGAAGAAAUCCUGCAGGGUGAACACCUUGGAAGAGGGACGAGAACACAGAUCUACUCGGGGAUGCUCAACCUCAAGGAUGAUGAGAACGAAGGAUAUCAAAAUGAAAAAGAGAUUAAAGUCCUGCUCAAAGUCCUGGACCCCAGCCACAGAGAUAUUUCCUUGGCCUUCUUUGAGACAGCCAGCAUGAUGAGGCAGGUGUCCCACAAGCACAUCGUGCUCCUCCACGGCGUCUGCAUCCGGGACGUGGAAAAUAUCAUGGUUGAAGAGUUUGUGGAAUUUGGGCCUCUGGAUCUGUUCAUGCAUCGGAAAAGUGAAGUCCUGACAACUCCUUGGAAAUUCAAAGUCGCCAAACAACUUGCAAGUGCCCUGAGCUACCUGGAGGAUAAGGAUUUGGUCCAUGGGAAUGUGUGCACUAAAAACAUCCUUCUGGCAAGAGAGGGAAUUGAUACUGAAUAUGGUCCUUUCAUAAAGCUGAGCGAUCCAGGAAUACCCAUAACGGUGCUGUCCAGGCAAGAACGUGUUGAGCGAAUUCCCUGGAUUGCACCUGAGUGUGUUGAAGACUCCAAAAAUCUCAGCAUUGCAGCAGAUAAGUGGAGCUUUGGUACAACCCUGUGGGAAAUCUGCUACAAUGGAGAAAUUCCACUGAAAGACAAGACACUGGCAGAGAAGGAGAGGUUCUAUGAGGGGCACUUUGUGCUGGCCACACCAUCGUGCAAGGAGCUGGCAGACCUGAUGAAACAGUGCAUGAAUUAUGACCCCCACCAGAGACCCUUCUUCAGGGCCAUCAUGAGGGACAUCAACAAACUGGAGGAGCAAAAUCCUGAUAUUGUGUCGGAGAAGAAGCCCGUUACCGAGGUCGAUCCCACUCUCUUUGAGAAACGAUUCUUGAAAAGAAUCCGGGAUUUGGGAGAGGGCCACUUUGGCAAGGUUGAACUCUGCAGAUACGACCCAGAAGGCGACAACACAGGGGAGCAAGUGGCAGUGAAAUCCCUAAAGCCAGAGAGUGGAGGGAACCACAUUGCUGACCUCAAGAAGGAAAUAGAAAUCCUGAGGAAUCUCUAUCAUGACAACAUCGUCAAAUACAAGGGCAUCUGCACAGAAGAUGGAGGAAGCGGGAUUAAGCUCAUCAUGGAAUUUCUUCCCUCUGGGAGCCUAAAGGAGUAUCUCCCACGGAACAAGAACAAAAUCAAUCUCAAGCAGCUGCUGAGAUACGCGGUUCAGAUCUGCAAGGGAAUGGAUUACUUGGGCUCCUGUCAGUACGUGCACCGUGACCUGGCAGCGAGAAAUGUCCUUGUGGAAAGUGAGAACAGGGUGAAGAUUGGGGACUUCGGGCUCACCAAGGCCAUUGAGACCGACAAGGAAUAUUACACGGUCAAGGACGACCGUGACAGCCCCGUGUUCUGGUAUGCCCCGGAGUGUUUGCUGCAGAGCAAGUUCUACAUUGCCUCAGAUGUCUGGUCCUUUGGGGUGACACUCUAUGAACUGCUCACCUACUGUGACUCUGAGUCCAGUCCCAUGGCAGAAUUCCUGAAGAUGAUCGGCCCCACGCAGGGCCAGAUGACGGUGGCACGGCUGGUGCGUGUCCUGCAGGACGACAAGCGUUUGCCACGACCACCCACCUGCCCAGAGGAGGUGGACCAGCUGAUGAGGAAGUGCUGGAUAUACAAACACGAUGAGCGCACGACCUUCCACAACUUGAUCCAAGGAUUUGAAACAAUUAUGAGUAAAAUGUAAUUAAUUUCU